AUGGGAAAGAUCACCUUCUACGAGGACCGGGGCUUCCAGGGCCGCUGCUACGAGUGCAGCAGCGACUGCCCCAACCUGCAGACCUACUUCAGCCGCUGCAACUCCAUCCGCGUGGACAGCGGCUGCUGGAUGCUCUAUGAGCGCCCCAACUACCAGGGCCACCAGUACUUCCUGCGCCGGGGCGACUACCCUGACUACCAGCAGUGGAUGGGCCUCAGCGACUCCGUGCGCUCCUGCCGCCUCAUCCCCCAUCACUCCGGCACUUACAGAAUGAAGAUCUAUGAAAGAGAUGACUUCAGAGGACAAAUGUCAGAGAUCACAGAUGACUGUCUCUCUCUUCAGGACCGCUUCCACCUCAAUGAAGUCCACUCCCUGAAUGUGCUGGAGGGUUGCUGGAUCCUCUAUGAGAUGCCCAAUUACCGGGGGCGGCAGUACCUGCUCAGGCCAGGGGAGUACAGGAGAUUUCUUGAUUGGGGGGCCAUGAAUGCCAAAGUUGGUUCUUUUAGACGAGUCAUGGAUAUUUACUGAAAUGUUUACACUCUCCAUUUUCUUCUUUAGAAUCAAAUAAAAUAUUUAGCUGUGUUUCUGGCA